AUGAACCUGUCACUCGUGGACCCAUUCGUCUUGGCCCAAGAGUACCCUGAUACUCUAACCGAGAAGCUGAGCAGCGGCCAUGCGACAUGUUUAAGCUUCAACCACAAAGGUGACUACCUUGCCUCUGGACGAGUGGACGGCACAGUGGUAAUCUUCGACAUUGAAACCAACGGCGUGGCGCGCAAACUCCAAGGUCACACGCGACAAAUCCAAUCUAUCAGCUGGUCUCGCGAUGGCCGAUAUCUCCUCACCUCAUCCCAAGACUGGAAAUGCAUCCUCUGGGACCUCCAAGAUGGCUCACGAAUACGAACCGUCCGAUUCGAAGCCCCAGUCUACAUUGCCCAACUACACCCAUUCAACCAGUACGAGACCCAAAUCAAAUCCCAAACCCCAAAACUCAAAACUGACAAACCCAGUCUCCUCUUCGUCGCCUCUCUCUUCGAAGACCAACCCGUCCUAGUCGACGUCUCCAGCCCAAAACCCAUAAAACGAAUCCUCCCCUCCGCACCCCUCCGCGCAACAGAAGACAUCGACCCCGCCACAGCAGCAAAACAAGCAGCCCAAGACGCCAAACACUCUACCUGCGUCACUAUCUUCACAGCUUUCGGCAACCACAUCAUAGCCGGCACUUCGAAGGGGUGGAUCAACAUCAUCGAAACACAAACAUGCACAACAAUCCACUCAAUGCGCCUCUGCAAUGGAGUCGUCAUCCUCCUCCACCUAGCCUCAAAUGGCCGCGACCUGCUAGUCAACAGUUCAGACCGCGUAAUCCGCACAGUGCUAAUGCCCGACCUAUCGCAAUUAGGAAUCGACCUCGAACCAGCAUCCAUAAAACUGCACGUUGAGCAUAAAUUCCAAGAUGUCGUUAACCGUCUAUCUUGGAACCAUGUUACUUUCUCUUCGACUGGUGAAUUUGUCACGGCAACUACAUUCAUGAAUCCCGAUAUCUACGUCUGGGAACGCAGUCACGGAUCUCUAGUGAAGAUCCUGGAAGGUCCGAAGGAAGAACUCGGUGUUGUGGAAUGGCAUCCCUCCAGACCAAUGGUGGUAGCCUGUGGACUUGAAUCAGGCUGCAUCUACACAUGGUCGAUAGUGAGUCCGCAGAAAUGGUCUGCGUUGGCUCCUGAUUUCGGCGAGGUCGAGGAGAAUGUCGAGUACAUGGAAGCGGAGGAUGAAUUCGACGUUCAUCCUGCUGAACAGGUUCAUCAGCGACGGCUCGAUCUGGAAGAUGAAGAGCCUGACGUUGUGACUAUGGAUUCGGUGAAGGGGGAGGAUGUCGAUGGUGUCGAGCCAUUUGAUGUUCCUGUUCUUCUUGAUGUGGAGGAUAGUGAUAGUGGGGAGGAUGUUGUUGCUGUUGGGCCGGGGACGAUGAGGAAACGCACGCCUGGUGCUAGGGAGACUGAAGAGAAGGAGAAGGUGACGAAUGGGAGGAAGAGGCGGAGGUAG